AUGGCCAGUGCCUUCCGCCAGAGAGCCGCCGCUGUCAAGGCUGACUUGGCCGCCAAGCGCAAGCCUUCAGGCUGGGUUCUCCCCCGCGAGACGGCCUCAUUUGCCGAAGAGGGGACUUGGACAAACAUUGACUGCGACGUUACACCCGUGGACCGCAGAACUUGGUCCGUCUGGACCUUGGGUCUCUACUGGGGUAGUGAUGCCCUCAACAUUCAGGGCUGGAUGGCCCCGGCUGCCAUCAUGGUCGGAGGCCUGACUUGGCGUGAGGCCAUCCUCUCUAUCAUCAUCGGCAGUCUUGUGUGCACCGUCCCCCUCGUCCUCAACGGCUUCAUCGGCGCCCGACUCCACGUUCCAUAUCCCAUUGCGGCGAGGGCUUCUUUUGGUUGGUACUUUGCACGAUUCGCCGUUAUGAUACGCGCCAUCUGGCCCUCAUACCUAGAUAUUCCCAACCACAUCCCAGAGUCGGUCGGCAUCACCACUCAGCAGAUGGUCAGCCAUUUGAUCUUCUGGAUUGUGCAGUUCCCCAUUCUGCUUAUCCCGCCCCACAAGCUCAAGUGGUUCUUCGUCACCAAAGUCGUUCUUGUCCUCAGCACUUCUACCGCAGCCGUCAUCUACAUGACCUCCCGAGCGGGGGGUACUGGUGAUAUCUGGGACCAACCCUACCAGGUCCAUGGCUCGGCUCGCCGCUGGCUCAUCCUCUCUAGCAUAUCCAGCAUCACCGGCGGGUGGGCUACGAUCGCAGUGAACAUCAGCGACUUUACGCGCUACCUCAAGAAACCCGGAGGCGUUUACUAUCAGAUCGCCUUCCUGCCGCUCAUCCAGCUCCUUGUCGGGAUUUUUGGCAUUAUCUGCUGCUCAGCCUCCCGUGUGGUCUACGGCGAGUACAUCUGGGAUCCUCUUGACCUGGCCUCCCGGUGGGACGGCCCAGGUGGCCGUUGCUUCGCCUUUUUCUUCGGCCUCGGCUGGUGCAUUGCCCAGAUCGGCACAAACCUGUCGGCAAACGUCAUCUCCUGCGCCAACGACCUCACGAGUCUUUGCCCCAAGUACAUCAACAUCCGCCGGGGCGUCGUCAUAACGACCAUCACAGCAGCCUGGAUCAUGCAGCCGUGGAAGAUUAUCCACUCGGCCGCGUCGCUCCUUUCUUUCAUGAGCGGCCUCGGCAUCUUCCUCGCGCCCAUUGCCGCGCUGCUCGGUGCCGACUACUGGCUCGUCCACCGCCAGCGCCUCGAUGUCCCGGGCCUGUAUCGAGCUCACGGGCGCUACCGGUACAACAAGGUCGGGACAAACUGGAGGGCUGUCAUUGCUUUCCUCGUCAGCGCCGUGCCGAACAUUCCUGGACUAGCGGCGCAAGUCGAACCAUCGCUGAAGAAGAGCAUCGGGGGCGCCGACAAGAUUUAUUACAUGUUUUAUUUCUGGGGAUUCACGAGUGCUUUUGUCGUGUACGUUGUGCUGUCGCUCGUUUUCCCGGCAAAGGAGACUCUGAUUCCUGAAACGAUCUAUGAUGAUGGAGAAGUACUCGAGGGGACGUACGGACCAAAUGAGAGGUCUGGCGACACGGAUAGUGCACAUGAGAAGAGUCCCGUUGACGUGGGACGGAAGGCGUAG